UGUAUUCCUAUAACAACAAAAAGAAAACUUCGAAUAUUUUUGACUUCUCAUAUAAUGUUAUCAAUUACACUACAAUCAUACACCUUCAAAUCAAAGCUUUUAACCGUGCCUCAGAUUCAUAGGCUUGCUGGCCAAGUUAGUUUGAAUGGAAAAAAGAAAAAUAUAUUUUAAUUUUAGUAAUUUCAAGUUAUAUUCCGUCGACAAACUGACGAAAAACACCAAAGCUUAGUACAAUGAAACCAAGUUUCGCCCUUACCGUUUUCAACGCCCUUUUCAUCUCCGUCACUUUAAUCAUUUCCUCCGCCGCUAAACACCGCCACGUCAUCAAUUUCCGAUCACCGAACCUUUUUCCGGAGUCAUUCACUUGGGAUCCCAAAUCACACAACUUCAUCGUCGGCGGUAUACGUCAUCAGAAACUCCUUUCCAUUUCCGACGCCGGCGUAACCGAAACCCUACUCUCCGACACCGAUUUACCGGGAAAUUCCUCGUUCCUCGGCCUCGCCAUCGACCGCCGUAACAACCGCCUCCUUGCUUGCAUUCACCGUAUCCCUACCCCCACUUCACCUUCCCCGUUCAACGCACUCGCUGCCUACGACCUCAAAUCCCGCCGCCGCAUUUUCCUCACGCCUCUCCUAGACAGCGACGAUCAAAAUCCGAUCGCCACCGUGACGGAGACAAUCCGCCCCGCUGCCGCAAAUGAUGUCGCCGUUGAUUCCUCCGGAAACGCUUACGUGACCAACUCCGAUGGCGAUUUUAUCUGGAAAGUGAACUUCGCCGGCGAAGCUUCGGUUUUGUGGAGAUCGGAGGUCUUCAAAUCUCAUCCCGUGGACAUGACCGCAGAUUAUCACAAAUGCGGACUAAACGGCAUCGUUUUUACAUCUAAAGGGUAUUUACUUGUGGUCCAAUCAAAUACAGGCAAAAUGUACAAAGUCAACGUUGAUGACGGGACGGCAAAGACCGUUAAUUUGGAUAAAGAUUUAACGGCAGCUGAUGGUAUGUCCGUUAGAAGUGACGGCGUAGUUGUAGUGGUGAGUCAGCACAAGCUUUAUUAUGUGAAGAGCGCGGAUAAUUGGGUUAAUGGAGUAGUGUUUGACGAAAUUACCCUUGACGCGGAGGGGUUUGCAUCUUCUGUUACAAUUGGGGACAGGAAUAGGGUGUAUGUGUUAUAUGGGCAUAUUAUGGAGGGUAUAAUGGGAAAUGCAGAUAGAGAAGAGUUUAGUAUAGUGGAAAUGGAGGAAGAGAAUAAAGAGGAUAAUAUUUGGUUGUUUGUAUUGGCGGGAUUUGGGUUAGUAUAUUUCUUGUUUUGGAGAUUCCAAAUGCGUCGACUUGUCCAAAACAUGGAUAAAAGAAUAGCUUAGGUCUUAAUUUUCUUUUUGUUGUUGUUUUUUCUGUUAUUUUUUCACUGUCUCAUGUAUUUGUUUUGGAAAUAUAUUUUGAUAAAUGACAAGUAUUAUUCUCCUUUUC